UUGGGUUGUGGGUACUUCCCAAAGCCGGUACAGGCCGGUUCAGGGGUCAAUGUGUUAAGAAAAAAUAUUUUCAACUUGUGCAAAAGUUUGUUACAGUUUGGCAAAUUGAAUAAUUCAUUAAUUACAUUCAAUUUAAAGCCCAUUUAAUCAUGUUAUAUUAACUUUCAACAGGUCUGGGUUCUAAAAUAAACAAGCUCUGCUUUCAAGUAAAACUCAGUCACUUCAUACAUUCAAGCUAUCACCAACCACGCCGCUAAUUCAUGCUCCCGCUCAAAUGUGCGUCACACAAAAAGCACACAUUACCAUCGAAAUGACUGAAGUUAAUACGCAGGAGAACAUAUCAGAGACAACGCCUAUAGAUUCACCUUCGCCGGGAACAGUAUCAAAGUUUGACGACGUUUUCCAGUAUGUCAACUCUUUCGGUUUCUACCAGAGGAUUUUGUACGUUGGCGUUAACCUUCUGGUCGUCCCCCUUUCGCUGCAGUUCGCUUUGCUCGUGUUCGCGAUGGGAACUCCUAACUUCCAUUGUAGCGACGAAAACUCAACAUGUCCUCAAAGCAAGUGCUGCGACAACUGUACGUCGUACACGUUUGAUGGACCGUUCACUAGCAUUGUCUCAGAGUGGAACCUGAUAUGUGAUAACGCACACAAGGGCGCCGCUGUGCAGUCAUGUUUCUUCGCCGGAAUGCUCGUUGGCUCAAUGGUCGGUGGCUGGGCCUCGGACAGAUUUGGCCGACGUCUCUGCCUACUCGUCGGUUCAGCUAUCAUGUUGAUUUUGUCUUUUGGCACAGCUUUCGCUGACUGUCUUUCACUCCUUGCAUUCUUGAGGUUUGGUGUCGGGGUAGCGCAUGUUUCAGUCAUGGUAUGUCAGUACGUGUACGUGAUAGAGCUGGUCGGACCAAAGACCCGGACGAUGUCCGGUAAAGUGCAGGAUCUCUUCUGGGACAUCGGUGAUGUUAUGACUUUCGUUUGCGCAUAUUUCAUCAGGGAAUGGAGAAUGCUGAUUCUUUGUUGUACGCUAUUUUUUGUGCCCUUCUUUUUGUUCUGGAGGGUGUUCCCCGACACCGCCCGCUGGCUCAUCUCCCAAGGACGUCAAGAUCAAGCUCGAGAAGUCCUCAUAAAGUACGGCGGCAAGAAGAAAACGCCUUUAGACAGCGACCACUUAAAAGCGAUGAUCGAGAGCAUUUACAGCGAGGAGAAGAAGGAGCUUGAAUACCUAAAUGGCAAGAACCACACUGCCCUUGAUUUGUUUCGUACGCCGAAGCUUAGAAAGUUGACUUUGAUCCUUUGUUUCAACUGGUUCGUUAUUUCUUUGGUCUCAUUCGGGAUGUAUCUGUACAUCACAGCUCUGGCAGGAAAUCUCUACGUCAACUAUCUGGUCAUGGCACUUCUCUCCAUGCCCCAACUUUUAUUUUCCUGGUUUCUUAUGCAAAAGUUUGGUCGUAUCUUUCCGUUUAUGGGAUACAUGCUUCUCGCUGGCGUUCUGUGUCUGGUUGUCAUGGGAAUACCUAAAGAGUACAGCGCCGUCGUAACGGGUCUUACUAUAUUUGGUAUGAGUCUGGUAUCAUGUGCGUUCAACAAUAUCUACCUUUUGUCAUCAGAACAAUUUCCAACUGUUGUAAGGAACAUCGGCAUGGGGACGGGUUCCAUGUGUGCUCGUGUCGGCGCCAUCUUGUCUCCUUUCCUCGUCAUGCUGGCCCAGCUCCAAGGCUUCAGCCUGACUUUUCCUGUCAGUAUCUUCGGGGUCCUAGCCGUGUUAGCUGCUUUUUCGUCGCUAUGGUUACCCGAAACACUGAACACCAGUCUUCCGCAGACCAUCGAUGAGCUGGAGAAGAGCCCAGGGCAUGUUUGGAUUAGUUGUUUUAAGUUACGAUCAAAUAAACCUCUAGUGCAGGCAGAUGGCGGAAAUGCAGACGUCGCCUGAGAUGGCACUGGCGAAAUGGCGCUAUACUCUCAGCCCUUCUAAUGAUAUAUUUUAGUUUGUAUGAUUUACUGCGUAUUUAUAAUGCCACGCCCCGGAUCCAGGAUUUCUUUUCGAGGGGGUCGGGGCACCAUCGGGUGUACAUAAAGUACAUGUAAGUAAGCGGAAAUGAAAAGGAAUACACUUUGUUCCUUGCUAUUCUGCUUCCUUCUCCGCUAGCAUUUUCUUCGCUCUGUAACUAUCUACCGUCCUCGCCUCUCUAUCGGUCUUUGUAGGGAGGUGUGGGGACUGACUGGAGACGGAACUGCGUGGUUCAUUUUCACUUUUACAUGUGAACGAUUUGAGUGUUAUUUGAUAAUUUGUUUGUUGAGAAAUGUUUUACAAAAGUAAAGCAAAACCGUGAUUUGAAAAACAGCUAAUCAGAGCGUAGGGAUGGCGUUAAUGAUAUACAGUUACAUACCUGUUCCUCCUGGUCUCUGCUGCUUUCGCUAGUUAAAUUAGGCCCUCCUUAUAGAGCAAACAAUAUAUUUACCUGAAAACGCGGUCAUAAUUAUUGACUCUUUUCUCGUCAACACAUAAGCUUAGAGAUGAAAAGACCAGCAGUGAUACCAAGAGCGCAUGCGUGAACACCCCAACUGCUGCUAGUCCUCCCCGCCUUGCAUCGCGAAAACCACCGAGAACACUACUAACGGCCCGAGUAGCACAGAAUGGAGCAACACAGACAGUAUCUGGCAACACGAAUAAUCAUCUCAAUAUUUUAAAAGGAAUAUCUAUCGCAUUUCAUAUUUAGUUUAUGUUUGACUUCUCCAGACUGGCCAAGAAAUUUAGAGGCAAUUUCCGUUCUAGACCCGAUUCAUAAUAAAAGGAGGUUGGCACUUAUCUAGGGAUAAAUAUGAUUAUUAAGACAUUUGAUUGGACAACAACCUGAUUUAUCCCUAGGUUAGCGUUAACUUGCUUUCUAGGAACCCGUCCCUGGACUUCUACCGCGCCCUGUUGAUAACACGCUCACUAAACAUUGCGGUGAACAUACAAACAUAUCCAAGCACUACGCAAGUAUUCAAGUCAAAUGUCUUUUGGUAAUAAAACAAAACAUUUGCACUA